AAAUGGAGAAUACUGGAUUAAAUUGGAUGAAAAAAAACUAAAAGUAUACUGUGACAUGAAAGUCGAUGGAGGUGGUUGGACUAUGGUGAGCAACCUUGUUUUGAAACAGCCAAAAGGAAUGAAUUGGACCCUGGCAAAUGAUUAUCAACGAAUCAGUGAAUACGAAAAACAAAAGCUCGCUCUCUCGACAGAAGCUCUUCGUGACUUGGGAUCGAAAAUGUCUUUCAAUCAAAUCAGAUUUUUCUGUCGCAAAAAGAUUCCAGGACGAAUCUUUGAUAUCACUACAAAUAAAACCAACAGUCUUGGUCAAGAAGUUAUUAAGUAUUUUACUACUCAGGCAAACACCCCUUCCAAGAGCUGUGGAUCUUAUUAUCGUUUACCUGAUGACAAUUCAAUUCUAGCCAGUCAGUGUUCUCAGUGGGGUCGUGAAUCAGAUACCUUUUAUGUUGGUGAAUGGCAUAAUGCUCAUCAUGAUCAUCAGGAGUUUUGGAGUGUCAAAAGUCGUUUGUUUAAUCAUACCGUCUUUGUUGGUUACAAAGCUCACUGGCUAACUAGUCAAUCAUUAGAGCGUUGGGAAUGCGACGAUUUUAAAUUUAAACCGAACUCAAAAUACACAUUAUCACCCAACGAUUUUUGGAAGAUUUUCGUUCGAUAAACUGGCGUCUGUAGUAGACUAUAUUUUACAAAUAUCC